AUGGACCCCGAGAAGCUCAAGAAGCUGCAGGCUGCGGCCGCCAACAACAGAAUUGCGAAUAGUGGCAAGGGUACCCCCCGAAGAAAGACCAAGAAGGUGCACAAGUCAUCAGGCACCGACGACAAGAAGCUGCAGACUUCCCUCAAGAAGCUCAACGUUCAGCCGAUCCAGGCCAUCGAGGAGGUCAACAUGUUCAAAGAGGACGGCAACGUGAUACACUUUGCUGCUCCCAAGGUCCACGCCUCCGUCCCCUCCAACACCUUCGCCAUCUACGGCAACGGCGAGGACAAGGAGCUGACCGAGCUCGUGCCCGGCAUCCUCAACCAGCUCGGCCCCGACAGCCUGGCGUCCCUGCGCCGCCUGGCCGAGAGCUACCAGAGCCUGCAGAAGAAGGAGGGCGGCGACAAGAAGGAAGGCGAGGCCGACGAUGACGACGAGAUCCCCGAUCUCGUCGAGGGCGAGAACUUUGAGGGCAAGGUCGAGUAA